GUUACGAUUCCCGAAAGAUUAUUCCGGUGCAUAGUUUCUACGGAUGUCACGAGAUGACUUUCCAAGUGUUCCCCUUUUGCCGCAGGGGGGUUUCCGAUGGAGAAAAUAUCGUGACGAAAUGUGCUCGUGGUCACUGUUCGGAUGUUUCUGUCACCUCUACAUGCGCGAAAUUUCGUUGGGGGUCCGCACAUUUAAAUUUUCUUUCUCUGGUUCUUUGAUUUAUUGCGAAUCUGUAGCUCUAGGAAUGCAUCUGUGGCCAGAACAUCCUCCAGACGUUGCACUGUGAUUUUAGUGAUACAUUUCAUGCUAUCUUGUGUUUGAGAAAAGAAGAAUGGCUUCGCUUGUCGAUACCCGCCACUUAAAUGGUCUGGGAAAUCUCAACAUUGGGACGAAUGUGGACAUCAAGCGUACUGAUGACUCCGACUCGCCGAAGAUUUUUAGACUCAAGGAAGUUUGUCAACGCCUUCUGAUGGCUGAUAAAUUUGAAGUUCGUAACACUUUUCACGAGCUUUUCACAUUCCACGUGUGUGAGGACCUUGAACCGCAGCAUGUGUAUGUGGAGGGAUCUUGUUCCGGGUGUCGGGUCAAGGAAUGCGCGGGGGAACUAAUGAUUCGGUUUCCAGCGCACGUCCCGUAUCGAGAUUUUCCUUCAGCAAUCUGA